CUGCACGAUGCAGCUGCUCGCGGCCACGUGAAAACUAUCGCUUAUCUCUUGAACAAUGGCGCAGACGUUCAUGCAAACGAUAAUCUUGGUCGGACUCCACUUCACAUAGCCGCUGCUCACGGUAAAAAAAAGGCCAUUGUCCUGCUUGUUAACAAAGGAGCCCACGUAAAUGCACAAAACAGCUUAGGCGAUACCCCUCUUCACGAAGCCGCCAGAGAAGGGCAAUUCGUAUUUGGCGUGCUGUCGAAGAAAGGCGCAUGUAUGAACGCGAAAAACGUUUUGGGUUUAACUCCGCUUCACGUAGCAGCAGCUCGUGGCGACGUGGAUAUCGUCAACUCUCUCGUUGAUGAGGGCGCGGGUAUUCACGCAAAGGAUGACAAAGGCCAUACGGCUCUUCAGGAUGCAAUUUUCCGUGGCGAUGCGAGAACUGCGAAUUGUCUC